AUGGUGAACACCAAGGAAGAAGAAGGGGAUUCUUCUCUAUCAAAGGAAAAAUUUAAACAUGAAGAAGAUGAUUUUAAGAAGACAAAGUCAAGAGCUUUGAAGAAAAUUAAGCAGCCCAUUUCUCCUGGAAGUAGACUAUCAAAUUUCUUGAGCUCACUUUUUACAAAUGGGAAAAAAGUAAAGAUUUCCUCAAAUGAUGAGGACAAAAAAUCAAAAUCAACUUGUUCUUCAUGUGGACACAAGAAGUUGGAUAUGGACCAACAAAAUGUGGAGGCAAUAAAAGGAAUUAAUAGAAAUUAUGUUCAUGAAGAUCAUCUAAAAUCCCACAAGAAUAUUGAAGAUGAAGAUGAUGAUUAUGAUGAAGGUGCAAGUUGUGCAAGUUCUGAUCUGUUUGAGAUUGAUAUUUUUUCUUCCAUUGGAUUAAUGGGAUUGCCUUUAUGA